AUGGAGAGAGCUCCUGGUUGUCCAACUCGCCAUGCAAAGUCACCCAUCAAGAAACGUAUUGUAAUCUUUGGUACGGUAACCGUCACUAUUGGUGUGGCUAUAGGCAUUGUUUUACUUUGCGUGUACUUUCUGGAUGAGUGUUCUUUCAAUCGAUGUCACAGUACCUACAGCAAUGAUAAAUACUUUUUUCAACAUGCCGCUGUUGCCGCUGACAAUGGACUUUGCUCGGAAGUGGGCAGAGACACAUUGGAAAGGGGUGGAAAUGCUGUUGAUGCCGCUAUAGCAGCCAUGUUAUGUAACGGUAUUAUCAACACUCAGAGCCAUGGCAUUGGUGGUGGCCAUUUUAUGGUCAUAUAUAAACGCGAUAGAGAUACGAUCGAGGCAAUAGACGCCAGAGAGGAAGCGCCUCUGGAAUCAGCGGAAGAUAUGUACUCAGAGAAUCCCGAAGAUGCAACAUUAGGAGGAAAGGCGAUCGGAGUACCUGGUGAAGUCGACGGCUUCUGGAUGGCACACAUGAGACACGGCAGACUACCGUGGAAGGAACUAUUUACAGCAUCAAUUAAAUUGGCUGAAGAGGGAUUUGAAAUAGGACCGGCGCUUGGUGGCGCUAUCAGCGACAAAGAAGAGGACAUCAGAAGAGAACAGGGGCUCAGGGAAAUUUUCUUGAACGAGGACGGUUCAUUGAAAAAGACUGGUGAUGUAAUGCACAGAUACAAACUGGCCCAAACAUACAGGAAAAUAGCAAGUGGCGGCGCUGAAGAAUUUUAUACUGGUCGUCUCGCAGACGAUAUUGUUGCCGAUAUCAGGGAUAAUGAUGGUAUAAUUGUUUCUGAAGACCUGCGGAAUUAUCGAGCAAAGCUAAAAGAACCGCUGAAGAUCAUACUUGGCGAGUACGAUGUGUAUUCUCCACGACCACCCGCUAGUGGUGCAGUCCUUUCACUGAUAUUAAACAUCUUGGAAGGUUAUAACUUCAAUGAAGACAGCACAGCUACAGAGUCAAGUAAGAUUCUGACAUCUCAUCGCAUUGUGGAAGCUUUUAAAUUCGCAUAUGCCAAGAGAACAAUGCUUGGAGAUGAAGAUUAUAUUGACAUAGUAGAUCUAAUAGCGAACAUGACCUCCGACGAAUAUGCCGAAAAUUUACGAAUGUUGAUCGACGAUGACCGAACACACGAACCUGACUAUUACGGCGCCGAUUAUUAUACUUCCAAUGAUGGAGGCACGUCGCAUUUAAGUGUGGUUGAUGAGGACGGUAACGCCGUUGCAGUGACGUCAACAAUCAAUCUGUAUUUUGGCUCAAAAGUACGAGGAUUACGAACCGGCAUUAUUUUCAAUAACGAGAUGGAUGACUUCUCAUCACCCAAUAUUACGAACUCUUUUGGUGUACCGCCCUCACCGGCCAACUUUAUUGAGCCUGGUAAGCGUCCAUUAUCGUCAAUGUCACCGACGAUUGUGAUUGACAAACACGGCGAUGUUCAACUGGUCGUAGGUGCUUCGGGUGGAACAAAAAUUACUACAAUCAGUUCAUUGGUAUCAGCACGCACAUUGUGGUUUGGUGAGGACAUUGAGACAGCGAUCACUGGUCCAAGAUUCCAUCAUCAGCUGAUACCAAACAAAGUCGAUUAUGAGGAGGGUAUUGAAGAGACAACACUGGAUGGAUGGAUAUCCAAAGGACAUGACACAGAUCUGCGGUCUUCUCUCGCUGUAUGUUCCGCUAUACGGCGAGUUACAGGAGGACUUUCAGCAUUUUCUGAUGAAAGAAAAGCAGGGGGAUAUCCAGCCGGAUAUUGA